AUGUCAUCAGAGCAAAGUCAUACUAGAUCCGAAACGACUGGACCUGGCAUGUCACCACUGUCUGACGGAGAAGUACCAAGAAGAGGUAGGAGAUUCGGUAGCGAUGCAUCAGAUGCAGGUACCCUGGCAGCUGAGGUGGAUACACAUUAUGCUGCUCAGCUGAAACCAUCAAGAGUAUCUGGAAAGUGGUUAACCUACAUGGUCACAUUCGUCGCUGGUACAGGUUUCACCUUAUUUGGUUAUGAUCAGGGUGUACUCAGUUCCCUCUUGACACUCCCAUCUUUCCAAGAUCAAUUUCCGCAGACAGCAGGUGGCUUCGGUGGUAGCAGAAGUGCCACUCUACAAUCAUUCCUUGUCGCUAUUUACGAGCUCGGAUGCAUGGCAGGCGCAUUGUCGAAUCUUUAUGUAGGUGAUAAACUUGGUCGUAGACAUACAAUCUCUCUAGGAGGUAUCAUCAUGAUUGUUGGCGCCAUUUUGCAGACCGCCGCUGUAGAUUACGCUAUGAUGCUGGUGGCGAGAGUGAUUACUGGACUUGGGAACGGUCUUCUUACGUCAACAGUACCAGCAUAUCAAUCAGAGUGUGCUAAAGCUCAUCAUCGAGGUCAAUUAGUCCUAAUAGAAGGAUCAUUGAUCACUUUCGGUAUCAUGAUGUCAUAUUGGAUUGAUCUUGGAUUUUAUUUCACCACUGGUUCUAUCUCUUGGAGGUUCCCCAUAGCUUUCCAAAUUCUUUUAGCUUUGAUCAUGAUUAUCUGCAUGUACGCUUUCAGGUUACCAGAAUCCCCAAGAUGGCUUGCUUCAAAAGGAAAAUAUGCAGAAGCUCUGGCUGUCUUGGCUGCCCUCGAUAACACUUCUGUCGAUGAUAAAAAGGUCAUUGCUACUUUCAACGGAAUCUGUGAUGCUAUUGCUGCUGAAUCUGCUGGUGGAUUUGGUUUCCGAGAGCUAUUCACAAAUGGUCGAACUCAAAAUCUUAGAAGGAUGUUGCUUGGUGUUGUGGCACAAUGUUUCCAACAGAUCUGUGGGAUCAACUUAAUCACCUAUUACCUCACAUCAGUGUUGACCGAUCUCGGUCUUGGUCCUGAGAUGUCCCGAAUUAUCUCAGGAGUGAACGGCACUUGUUACUUCUUGACUUCUAUUGUGGCGCUGUUCAUUAUCGAACGGAUUGGUCGAAGACCUUUGAUGUUCUGGAUGGCUCUGGCUCAAGCAAUCACUAUGGCUGUACUUGCAGGUCUUUAUGAUCUUUCCCAGCAAUCGAACAAAGCAGCACAAGUGAUAUCUGUUUUAUGUCUAUUCCUAUUCAAUACAUGGUUUUCUGUGGGAUGGCUGGGUAUGACUUGGCUUUACCCUGCAGAAGUUACCCCUCUAAGAAUCCGAGCUCCCGCAAAUGCUCUCUCGACAGCAUCAAACUGGAUCUUCAAUUUCAUGGUCGUCAUGGCUACUGGACCAAUGUUCGCUAAUAUCGGUUGGGGUACAUAUGCUCUUUUUGCCGUUGUGAAUGGUGUGAUUAUUUGUCCUGUCGUUUGGUUCUUUUUCCCUGAGACCAAGAAAUAUUCCUUGGAAGAGAUUGACAUCAUCUUUGCUUUGGGUCACAAUGAGAAGAGAUCUCCAGUAUGGUAUUCCCAACGACCUGAAGAAAUACCUCCAGCUGGAUCCAAGGAAGCAGAGCAUAUACUAGGAAGAAAAGGUCCCUCUCGUCCAGAUAUGUCAGAAAAAGCUAUGAGUCAGAAAAAAGGAAAGAAUGGAAUGGGAAGAAUACUUGAAGGGGAAAAGGACAAACCCACUACCCAGCAUUCAGAGUUCGGUUCUCAGCAAGUAUAA